AUGGAAGAUGCAGAUGUUUGCAUUGGUGGCGUCCAAGUGUCACAGACCAAGGCACGAUACCUUCUUCAGAUGCCUCAUGUACUAAAGUCAUCCAUCGAAUUCCACUUGAGCACCUCAGUUGCACUAGUGUGCUCGAUCGUGAAGUGUCGCAUGAACUCGGGGAAGUGCCUCCACUCAAAACGCAUCGGUGAUGACAGUGGUUUUGUAGAGCAUGUCAAUGCUAGACGGCAAUUUGAAGCUCUUGUCUUCUUUAAAAUCGUCAUUUCAACCUUGUCUAAACGAUCUUUUGACAUUGUCUUUUCUUCUAGGAAGCUUCCCGACACCUGUCAGCUCCUCAUGUUUUCAGCAACCUACGACGAGGACGUGGUCGAAUUUGCCCGAUCAAUCAUAUCCGACCCCGUUGAGUUUCGAGUUCGACGCAACCAGCUGACGCUCACCAACAUAAAACAGGUGUACUUAUUUGCCCUUAGCAUUGAAGAAAAAUUUGCUCGUCUCAGUGAGAUCUACGGCUCCUUCCAUGUGGGCCAGGCUAUCAUCUUUUGUGCGACUCGAAAAGAAGCGAGUUGGUUGCAGUGUGAGAUGACCAAAGACGGUCAUAAGGUGGCCCUCCUUUCAGGUGAACUGGAUGUACAUCAACGCGAGGAGGUGAUCAACAGCUUCCGUAAAGCCGAAUUCCGCGUCCUCGUUACCACAAAUCUCUGCUCGCGUGGUCUCGAUGUUCCUCAGGUGAAUUUGGUUAUAAAUUGGAGUCUACCGUUGGACAGACAAGGUAGGGUCGACUGUGAAACCUACCUUCAUCGCAUUGGUCGUUCCGGCCGCUUCGGCAAAGGUGGUCUCGCCAUUAACUUUGCCGGCCCUGAGGAUGAAUAUUUGCUCCAGCAGAUUGAGAAUCACUUCGGAAUGGGAGGAGUGGGAGAGGACCUCGAGAGCAAGCGCACCACUGAUGGGGUUGUGUCCCUGCUGUACAAAAUGUCCACGGUCGUGCCCUUCGCGUCCCCAUCUUCGUUGAGGCUUGGUCUCCUUGUCAACUUCGCGAAUUUGUGCACUGGCUAG